AUGAGCACCCCUUGUUCCAACUGCACCCUGUCUUUCCACACGGAUCUAGACGUCAGCAAAACAAUCAUAAUGGGGAUUGUCAUGGUGGUCUUUUUCAUCUUUGGCGUCCUGGGAAACAUGCUGGUCAUCUUGUCCGUCUUGUUCCAUCACCACUGGCGAUCCGUGACUCACUAUUUCAUCGUCAACCUCGCGGCCGCCGACCUGCUCCUCAGUUCCGCCGUCAUGCCCUUCUCCGCCGCCUCCGAAGCCUUGGGACGCUGGGUUUUCGGGCGGACUUUUUGCAGCGUGUGGGCAGCGUUGGACGUUCUUUGCUGCACCGCGUCAAUACUGAGCUUGUGCGUCAUCUCCAUUGACCGCUAUCUCGCCGUCAGCUACCCUUUGCGUUACCCGACGGUUGCGACCGGGAGGCGGUGUCUGGCCGCGGUCGCUUGCCUUUGGGGACUGUCCGCGGCUAUUUCCGUUGGUCCUCUUUUUGGAUGGAAGCAGCCGCAACCAGAAGAUGAAACGGUUUGCCAGAUCACAGAGGAGCCUGGAUACGCCUUGUUCUCGGCCCUUGGUUCGUUCUACAUACCUCUGGCAAUAAUCUUAGUUAUGUAUUGCAGAGUGUACACCGUAGCGACCCGGGAGACCAAGAGUUUGAGGAAAGGCAGCAAGGGGGAGAACUCGGAGGGAGUGACGUUGCGGAUACACCGUGGCAACGCGGCGCAUUCCGACAAACAAGGCAGCGUGAAGCAUAAGCGCGCCUCGUUUGCUGUGUUGAAAAUGAUCAAGUUUUCCAGUGAGGAGAAAGCAGCAAAGACGCUCGGGAUCGUCGUCGGGUGCUUCAUUCUCUGCUGGCUGCCGUUCUUCCUGGUGUUACCCAUAGGCUCCAUCUUCCCCACCUACAGACCCUCGGAGACCGUGUUUAAGAUCACCUUCUGGCUUGGCUAUUUCAACAGCUGCAUCAACCCCAUCAUCUACCCCUGCUUCAGCAAGGAGUUCAACCGCGCCUUCCAGCACGUCCUGCGGGGGCGCUGUCUCCGCUCGGGUGUCCAGACCUCUGUUCCCAACACCAACACCAACACGACCGCCAUGGCCUUGUCCCUCCCGAGCCAGUCCCUAGAAAACGAAGCCACCUCCCCGCCUCUCUCCUGCUGCUGCUGCUGCUGCUGCUGUGGAGGAGGGGGAGGAGGAGGAGGAGGAGGAGGAAGAGGCCCAAGACAAACUCAAUCGCGCAGUAAAGUUCUUCUGAAGGCCUGGUGCGCUUCUCGAGGACAGGCUCCGGGGGCAGCAGAGAGCUCAGGCCCAGUGAAAGUCCUGAGGCUUUCCAUGGGUCCGGCUGGAGAGGUCGUGUGA